UUUCCACAAAGUGUUUUCUCAGACUGAGCAACUCAAUGUCCAUGCAUAGAUCUGUAUAUUUUUCAAACGGAAGUGGCGUACAACCAUUUGGAUUGAUUUGAUUAAAGAACCGUAUUUUUAUUCUAAUUUUUUUGUCAUAAAAACCGCAAUACAUUUUCUUGAAGACAUACUAAUUAACGAAGACAGGGAAGAAAAGGACGCAUGAAAAUUCAGCUUAUUGUGUUUAUUUUUGAAGCUUACUUAUAUGCGGUUACAGAAGGAGAUGGUCUAUUCAGGAAAAAUCAGUUCAGCGAUACAAACCGGAAAAAGGGAGAGGCGAUCGAUUUUGAAAAGAUCUUCAUUGAUGAUAUACUUGCUGCCCACAAUAAGUACCGGACCAUACACCAGGCCCCCCGCCUGACUCUGGACCCCGCGCUUGCUCUGAGGGCUGAACACUAUGCCGAGGAAUUAGCCAGGCGAGUCCCUAGAGAAAAUAGGACUAGGAGUCUAGGUUUCGGUGUCAAUACGGCAAUCUUCAAUGGAGACAUCGAUGUGGCCGGCGAUUUCGUUGUUGAGGAGUGGUACCAUCAAAUUAAUCACUAUCCUUUCGAUGGGGAACCCUCCGCGAGAGAACUUCGGAAAGUUCGAAAAUUUACUCAGGUUGUAUGGAAAUCGACUGAAUUUAUCGGUUGCGCCCAAAAACGGAAUGGGCUACGUCUCGUCUUCGUGUGUUACUACUGGCCCCCAGGAAACAUCCCGGGCGAGUUCGAAGAUGAAGUUCUUCCUCAAGAAGAACCGACCUAUCUUGUGGCGCAAGGGUCAGCCCAGGGCUCAGCACCCUUAGGGGGACAGAAGAACCAAAAUGGAUACGGGGGUGGAGGUCUAGGGAGUAAUCCUUCAGGCCCUCCCUCAGGUACUGCAGGUCCUCCAAACGGACCCGGUGGAACUGCCCCCGGUCCAAGUCCUCCAAGUCCCCCAGGUCCAAGUCCUCCAAGUCCCCCAGGUCCUAGUCCGCCGAGUCCCCCAGGUCCAACCAACAGAGGCCCCACUGGCGGUGGAGGUCCACCCUAUGGAGGUCCCCCUGUUCCCGCGACCCCCUCUCCUUAUGGGCCUGGGGGCGGUGGAGGUGGCGGUGGGGGAGGAGGAGGGGGUGGAUUUGGAUUCGGUGGUGGAUUUGGAAUUGGAAACCAAGGAGGCCAAGGAGGUCAAGGAGGUCAAUCAGGUCAAGGAGGCCAAGGAGGCCAAGGUGGUCAAUCAGGUCAAGGAGGUCAAGGAGGUCAAGGAGGUGUUGUGCCGAAGUACAAUCCUAACAAGAACCCACCGACUGCCUACAGCGCGCAACCAACGGAUUCCUUCUCCAUACAGGUUCUCAAAGCUCACAAUUACUACCGGAACAUGCAUGGAGUGCCUCCGCUGAUGCUUGAUCAAAACCUGAAUUCCCUCGCUCAAGACUGGGCAAACCACUUGGCAAACAUUCACCAAAUGGUCCACAGGCCCAACAACAAAUACGGUGAAAAUCUGUACUACGGCUGGUCAACCAAUCCAAAUUUUGCUAUAAACGGUGCUGUGCCUGUUAAUGUAUGGUACAGUGAAAACAGAUUCUACACCUACGGGUCAGAGCCCACGGCUAACUUCUACAAAGUUGGUCACUUCACGGCGAUGGUAUGGACGAGCACUCGAUGGCUCGGCGUGGGUAUCGCCAGGGCACAAGGGCGCGUCUACGUGGUCUGCAACUACGACCCUGCCGGCAACUUCAUGGGGAGCUUCGCGACGCAGGUUCAACCACCGGUUGGUCAAGCAGGUUCCACCGCAGGUGGUGGAGGCGGGGGUGGGGGCGGUCUUGGUGGCGGUGGUGGUGGCGGCGGAGGCGGCUUAGGAGGCGGUGGCGGAAUAGGGUGGGGCGGGGGUGGCAACGGACCCCCAUCAGGGGGUCAAUAUCCUCCAGCACCACCGAGUGGAGGAACACCAAGUGGAGGAACAGGACCAGGGAGUGGACCAGGAGGUUCAAUGCCAGGAGGAUCAGGAAUGCAACCUAGUGGAGGAAUGCAACCUGGAGGAGUAGGAAUGCAACCUGGAGGAAUAGGAAUGCAAGGAGGAGUAGGAAUGUCACCAGGACCGGGCUACAUGGGACCACCGUUGAACCAACAACCAGGAAUCCCGUCGUACCUCCUGAACCCGACGAUAACGAUUCUGCGCCCGCUUCCGUUACUACAAAAUCCUAUAUCCGGCGCCGGCGGGGGAACGAUGAUUUUACCGGUGGUCCCAAUCUCACCGAUGGGCGGUGGCCUGCAGCUUCAAACGCUUUCCAACCCGGGUCUCAACGCCCAAAUCAACCCCUUCGGUCUGGGGCCGGUGGGAGGGGGAGCUCAACUGGGGCCAAAUGGGCUCGGUACCAACGCCCAAAUAGGGCCCCUCGGAGCCGGGGCCAAUCUGGGGGUCAGCCCGGGGCAGGUUGGGGGCAACGCUCGAUUAGGGCCUUUUGGCGCUAGGGCGAAUUUAGGCGUGAAUCAGAAUCAGCAACAAGGAGGGGCUCAGCCAAUGGGAGAUUACGGGCCAUCUGGGUCCUCGGCCCCUGCCACAAUGAGCCCAUACAAUACAAUGAAUCAGAAUCAGAACCAGAAUCAGAAUCGGCAACAAGGGGGGGCUCAGCUAAUGGGAGACUACGGGCCAUCUGGGUCAUCGGCCCCUGCCACAAUGACCCCAUCAUACGGGCAGAACCCAGGUGGGCAGAACCCUGGUGGGCAGAACCCUGGUGGCCAGAACCCAGGCGGCCAGAAUCUAGGUGGCCAGAAAACGGGUGGCCAAAACGCUGGAGGCCAGAGCCCGGGUGGCCAAUACCCAGUGGCCCAACCCCUGGGCAGUGCCGCCGGGACCGGCUAAUGACGAUGAGUGAUAUCCACUACCAACUCGAUAAAAUUCCAAUAUGCCCGGAGUAUUUUUUAAUUUCAGUUGGGUGUAUGACAGUUUUCGGAAUAACUCGAUGGUCGAUCGAUCAGUUGGAACUUUUUGGAUUUUAAAGUUUGUCUGGGUCAUGUACGUAUAUAUGCCAGAAGAAACUAUGCUGCACGUAAACCCUAUGCGCCCUGGUUCAUUUUAGCAUAAAUACGACAAAAUCUUGUGUGUGAAUGCCAUAAGUGCUACGGCAUGAUGGGAAUAUUAGUGGAGAAGAAUAUGAAGGGGGGAAAAACUUCUUAAAAUCAGAGAGUAUUCACUGAUCGAUCGGCUACCGAACUUUUCUGAAAAAUGCCAUAGAAACAACUUAAACGUCGGAUAGCGAAACAAACACACACACACACACCCUCACACACCCUCUCACACACAUACAUACGCAUUAGGAAUGAUUUUCUCAUACGUUUCAGCUGAUAAUUUUUCUGUCAAAAACCGCAGUAUCAUCAGAAUAAGUUCUCAGUCGAGACAUCUCAGAAACCUCUCGUGCGCUCAACUUGAUAAAAAUAGCUACGAUAAAAUGUAAAAGUAUUAUUUUAAUAAAUAAAAUUACUCCGUUUCCCGA